CAUCCACAGCCUGCAGCAGAUCAAUCUCAAGAACAUCAGUUCAAGGUGCAAUGGACAAUAGCAUUCCUUUAUCGGUAAUUCGAUACCGAGAAUGUCUGAAGAAUCACGCAGCAAGUACUGGAGGCUACGUUCUAGACGGCUGCGGCGAGUUCAUGCCAAAUGGAGAAGAUGGAACUCCUGAGGCCUCUAAGUGUGCAGCUUGUGAAUGCCAUCGGAACUUUCACCGAAAAGAGAUGAGAGACGAGCCGCUCUCGCAGCAAGCUUUCCUUGGUGCUUUCUUCAUCUCCAACUCGGUCAGAAACAAUGGCCAUCGUAGUGAUGGGAUGCCAGUUCCACUCUCUCGUCACCAUCAUUUACCGGCAGUUCCAAUUUCUUCGAUGAUGAUGGCAUUUGGAGGAGGAAGCAAUGGAGCUCCGGAUGAGUCUUCCAGUGAGGGCCUGAAUAUGUAUUAUCCAUCUGAUAAUGGAGCCCGGGAGCUGUUCUGUCAGCAGACACAACUGAUGAAGAAACGAUUCAGGACAAAGUUCACACAGGAACAGAAGGAGAAGAUGAUAGAAUUUGCUGAAAAGUUGGCCUGGAAGAUUCAGAAACAUGAUGAACUAGAAAUGCAGCAGUUCUGCGAUGAGGUGGGCGUAAGGAGGCAAGUUUUCAAGGUUUGGAUGCACAACAAAAAACAAGCCAUGAAGAAGAAACACAUGUAAGAACGUACUACAAGUUUUACUACAAACCCAUUUCGUGAAAUAAUGCAUCCAUGGUUGUGCACAGUCCUAAUUAGGCUUUGAAAGAGUGAAGAGAGUUAAUAUUCGGUUCUUGAAUGAAUAUAUCUCAAUGCCAAUUUGUCAUGUUACUUCUA